AUGCACUCACGGGAGCGAAAGGGAUCUCAAGACGGCCAGUGCCUCCAAAGUUCGGAUGCUACAUCACACCGCCAGAUCGCCCGCACCACGUUCCUGGGCAAGCGUUCCGUCGGAGAGACAGGCAGAUGCCAAUCUAGCGGCAAGACCGUCCGAUCUAUCUCGUUAGGGCUCGCGAGCCGCCAUUAA